AUGGCGUCUGCACAGUUGACGGAUGAGGAGCUUGUGUCUGAACUGAAACGGCUCGGCUUCACCCCGGGCCCGGUGACGGAGAGCACGCGGCCCGUGUACUUAAAGAAACUGAAGAAGCUGUGGGAAGAGCAGCCACAGCCGCGGAGCUCCCGGAGUGGAAAAGGACGCAGCAGCAGCGGGAGUAUCAACAGCAACGGCAGCAGCGGCGCUAGUAACAGCAACGCCGCAGCGCGAGCUCCGGGAUUCAACGCCAGGCCACCGGGCAGUGACGUCACGCGUCUGAGCGCCAGUCGGAGCGAGAAGCGCAGAGCCGGAAAGUUCGUGCUGGGCUUCAGCUCGGACGAGUCAGACGUGGAGGCGCCGCAGAAGAAAGGAGGCCCGAAUCACGGGGGCAGCAGGAGAGACCGAGGAUCUGCGCAGCAGACACCCACCAUCAGGCCUGCGGGAACACCCGCCGCUGCCUCCCUCGGGUUAUCCGCGGAUAGGAAAAGCAUUUCUGGUUCUCCGUGGUGGGCCGACCGAGGUCAACCCAACAAUUUGGAAGAAACGGAAAGAGACAGUCGGGCUUUGAACGGGAAUAAGGAGUUUUAUGAAUCUAACAGUAGUAAGUUAGCCAGGGAUUACUCUGAUUCAGACGACGAGGAGGAAGAGGAGGGUGAACGAGACCGUCCCCGCGAACGCCGUCUGACUUCCAGACACAGUCCACCCCCCUCCUCUUCCCCGCACCGGAGCGUCUGGAGCUCAGAGAAGACUGCGCUCGGCGCGCGUGAUACUCCUGACUUCGGUCUAGAUAUGAUCGCGGAUCGGAGGGACGACGAUGAGAAAGAACUGAGAGAGUUCACCGGAAGCUACGUGAGCCACAGCUUCCCGAAACUCUCCGGGAUUGACGGCAGCAGCCCGUCCGUUUCCUUUAAUAAGAACCACCUCGACAGCGGAGACUGCGAAUCCCCCUGCAGCAGCAGUCGGUUCAGUAUCGGGCUAAGACCGCGCUUUCCCUCCUACACGGCGACCUACCGAGCGAACCACUCGAACCACACCGGUUCCAACGACUCCUACAGCCAUGCCUCAGCCCUCAAGUCCAAGCAGCACAGCACGGUCCCGGAGGACGAGCUCCUGCAGCAGUUUAAACGGGAGGAGGCGUCCGCCACCGGCGGCUUCAGCGCUCACUACCUGUCCAUGUUCCUCCUGACAGCCGCCUGUCUGUUCUUCGUCCUGCUGGGCCUCAUGUACCUGCGGAUGAGGGGCUCCAGCACCUCCGAGGGGGAUGCAGUCAUCACGCAUCACCCAUUCGGACCUGAGUUUGAUCAGAGUUAUGACGUCAAAGACCGAGACCUCAUCCUUAACCUUCUCCUGUCUCUACAUGAGCACCUGGCCAGUGUUGCAGGAGAACAUGAUUGUGGAGACCUUAAAAAUCCUUUAAACAGAAGUGUCUCUUUCAGUGAUGCCUCUUCAUACCUCAAGCUCCAAAAUGAAGCCUAUGAAAACUUGAUUGAAACCUCUUUAGAGUGGAUCAUGAAAACCAAAGAUUUUGUCGGUAUAAGGUUGAUUGGUGCCGACCCUGCUCAACCCAUAGAGGACGUAUCGGAAAUCUCACGACUGGAGUCCAUCCACCCCCGCAUGUCCUUCUUCUGCCGCCUCAGACGCGCCUUCUUCACUGUGAUCUACAAAGUUCUCUUCAUCCUUUCAGGCAUCGGUGUAGUUUUGGGUUUGGUGUAUUACAUGAAAUACAGAUGGCGCAAAGAAGAGGAGGAAACUAGACAGAUGUAUGACAUGGUGGAGAGAAUCAUUGAUGUAAUGAGAAGCCACAAUGAAGCCUGUCAGGAAAAUAAGGACUUGCAGCAGUAUUUGCCCGUCCCUCACGUCCGUGACUCUCUUGUCCAGCCUCAAGAAAGAAAGAAGAUGAAGAAAGUGUGGGACAGAGCUGUCGCGUUCCUGUCAGCUAAUGAGUCCCGUAUUCGGACAGAAACACAGAGGAUUGGAGGGGCGGACUUCAUAGUGUGGCGGUGGCUUCAGCCUUCAAUGUCACCUGAUAAGAUGUCCAGUAUGCCCUCCAAAGUGUGGCAAGGCCAAGCAUUUCCGCUGGACCGAAGAAAUUCGCCACCAAACAGCUUAACACCAUGCUUGAAGAUUCGCAACAUGUUUGAUCCUGUAAUGGAAGUGGGGGAAAACUGGCACCUCGCCAUACAAGAAGCCAUUUUGGAGAAGUGCAGUGAUAACGAUGGAAUUGUUCACAUAGCCGUUGACAAAAACUCAAAAGAGGGCUGCGUUUAUGUGAAGUGCCUUUCAGCAGAGCAUUCUGGGAAAGCCUUCAAAGCACUACAUGGCUCCUGGUUUGAUGGUAAGCUGGUGACGGUCAAGUACCUACGCCUGGAUCGCUACCACCAGCGUUUCCCACAAGCCCUGGGCUGCAACAUGCCCCUCAAGCCCUCCAACUCCAGCAUGAACAGCAUGUCUCGCCUGAACCAGCGAUCCAGCACGUCCAGCUCACUGGGUUUUUCGUGAGGGAC